UGCCAAGGAGUUAGGAAUAGACAUGCAGGUUGUUGGCAAAGUUAGCAGAAUAUCCUCAUCUAAGGGGUCAGAACAUCCAAGAGUAAAUGAAUUCAUCAUUCCAACAAGCAAUGGUUGUGUGCUUAAUCCUAGUCAGGAUGAUAGAGAUGGUAGUCCAUCAGGACCAGUUGAGGGUAUGCUUAUAUUUUGAUAAUUUGUAGUACUAGGUAUUAUUUACAUCUUGUAAAAAUAUGGAAUAAUGCUUGUCUUCAAUGUAUAAAGACUUUUAGCUGCCAAUUUUGUCAUGUAUAAAUAUGUAUUUAUAGAAACUAAGUUGUAUGUUUGACUAAUACUUGAAAUAACAUUUGUUUUUCAUUUCAACUUUCCAAUACACAUUUAUAGUACUAGGUAUUGUUAACAUAUUUUAAACAUGUGGAAUAAUGCUUGUUUGUCUUCAUUAUAUAAAUGACUUCUGGUUUCCAAUUUUCGCAUUUAUAAUUAUGUAUUUAUAGAAAUUAAGUCAUUUAAUUAUGUUAUGCAUGGAAUGACAUUUGUUUUUCAUUUUAAGGGUCUAAUCCACUUUUAUUUUUGUUCUUUAAAUCAUAUUGAUUACUUUAAAUGAAGUAACUAAUUAACUUUAUCAUUGUCUUAUGUGUUACAGAUAUUUUCAAGUGCAAAUUUUGUACUCUUGCAUUCUCACAUCAAAUAUUCCUUGACAAUCACUUGAGAAGAAAACACAAUGACGACUAUUGGAAAAUGAAGCAGGUGGAAGUAUCCAGAGAACAAACUGACCAAUCAAAUGUGGGAAAAUACUUGUUGCAAAGAAGUCUAAAGAAGAAAGAAACUUCUCCUGUGAGAGUCAGACAACUC